AUGUCUGGAAGGCCGGAGAGUGUACAAGGCGGCAAUGUGGAGAGUCGAGCGCCUACUUUGCCGCAAGGAGAUCGUCAGAGGAGAGCGAGGUCGGACUUCCAUACUGAGACCGAUCAACCCGAUGCGACUCGCAGAGGAGUGGAGAAAAGGCAGCAACCGAACUGGACCCUUGACAGUUGGGUGGAGGAUGUACUGCUGGAGGGAAAGGAACGCAUCACCAGCAUGGGGCUGAACGAAUUCCUUCGUAAUUUUUUUGGCGGCAUGGGCGUUGUGGACACCAAUGAGGACGUCUCUAUGGAGAGUUUUCUUACGAACCCUUUUUCUUUCUCCAACGGCGAAACGUCAUUGUGCACAAUAGCGGAAUCGCCGUUAUGCCGAGAGACGAAAAUACUAUUGGAGGCUG